GUCUCCCGCACUCGCCGUACCAAACCUUAUCUUCGUUAUCAUCAUAUAUGUGAUACAUCGUAUUACUUCACGAGCACUGUGAUAAAGAACGCUUAUUCGCGAUAAUUUCACACCGGAUCGUUUCGUAAUUACUCAGGAUUUUUAUAAUCUAAUGUGCCCCCGAAAGACUCGUGAAAAUGAAGUGUUUUUUGUUACUAAUACUGUUUGUUUCUGUGUAUGCCCAACCGUGUAGUAAGACUGAAAGUGUAAACAUAACUGGAGGACCCGUUUUUGAAAAUGGUUCCAUAAUCUUUGACGGUUUUGAGUAUGCUAGUGGAAAGUGGUAUGAAAUAGUUGAAGAUGGAGUUGCUGCAGUGUUUGGAUGUCCGUGUAUUGGUAGAAUUUGUCUCUGGAAGUGCUGUGGGGCUGGGCAGGCCUUUUUGAACAGAUCGUGCUCUGAAAUAAAUGAAACUGAAGAAAAUUACUUCAGUCCAACUGUGUUUAAAGAAAAGGAGGCAACGAAUAUCGUAGCUAAGGAACAUUUUGUGUACAUGUUUGAUCUAUCAUGUGAGAAAUAUUUAGUAGAUUCAAGUUCACCGGAUGAGGAGAUAUAUUUACAGGAGAAUGGUACCCUCUACGAGAUCGCUUCAAAUCGUCCACAAUGGCAUCCGCCAGCGGGUUUUUGUAUCGAUAUGAUGAUGGACAACAGCUCACCGGGCUUGCGUCUCGUGGCUGGAGUCUGCUACCCUGAAGUAAGCGCUGAGAUUGACAGCCCGUUGUUGUAUACAGCAUAUGCUAUAGGUCUAAUGUUCUCGGUUCCGUUUCUCUUGGCAACGUUUGUCGUGUACGCGCUCAUACCGGAGUUGAGGAACUUGCAUGGGAUGUGUCUUAUGUCCUACUGCGCUGGACUCAUAAUUGCUUACACCUUUCUUGCUUACCUGAAACUUCAUACUGGAAAAAUUGGAAUUGCAAUGGAUGGAUGUUAUGCUAUUGCUUUCAUCGUGUACUACUCCUUUCAGUCAAGUUUCUUCUGGCUGAAUGUGAUGUGCUUUGACAUUUGGAGAACUUUCAGAGGGUAUAGAGGCAGCUCAAACAAGCGAAGAGAAAAUAAAAGAUUCCUUUUGUACGCCGCCUACGCGUGGGGUGUUCCUGCUAUUUUGACAACUAUAACUAUUGUGAUGCAGUUCAGUGAGAAUAUAUCACCAGGUGUGAUAACACCAGGGUUUGGCAGCAGACGGUGCUGGUUCGAUGACUGGCUGAGCGAGUUGGUGUAUUUCUUCAUACCGGUGUUCGUGCUGAUAAUAUGCAAUGUCACUCUGUUUACCAUCACCGCCUAUCGGAUACGAUCCAUCAAGCAAGAGACUGCCAUUUUAAAAGGAGCUGAGUCCGCCAGGAGUGAUAAAAUACACAAAGACAAACAAAGAUAUGGACUGUACUUGAAGCUGUUUGUGGUGAUGGGUGUCAAUUGGUCGGUGGAGGUUAUCAGCUUCGCAGUUGGUGGCUCCAACUGGUACUGGAUCUUGGUGGAUCUCUCCAAUAUUGCUCUAGGAAUUUAUAUAUUCCUUAUAUUUGUUUGGAAGAAUAAAGUUCGCAAUUUAGUUGCUAAAAGGUGGCGUGCACUGCGCGGCGUCCGGGCUACAGAGUCCAGCACGGGAAGGUGGACGUCUACCUCAGCUCCUACUGAAGACACGCGCGUCUCCGCUGACGAGACCGGCAUACGACUCAGAGAACUACACUGAUGAAGUCGACACAUUACGGAAACUGGCAUACAAAUAUUGCCGCACUCACAAAUUCCCCAUAGUUAGAUCCUAUAUAGUCACUGCCAAGUAAUGAUUGCCAUUGUAACAUGAGUGCUAGUUUGAGUUACACUUCACCAGUGUUACAUUGGGCUAAUUACGUGCAGUAGCAUACAACACUUUUUCUACGAUCAUUAAAGAAAUAAGAAAAUAAAAUAUUUAUUUAAGUGCGGAUAAAAGUUCAAAAUGGCGCGCGAAGGGAAAGUGUUGUGAUCCACAUUGCGAAUGUCCGUGCGCUUCAUAAUAAAAUACGGAGAUGAUAACGGCUUGGCAUCUUGCAGAAAAAAAAUACAAUUUAGUAUAUUGAUAUACUGAAUUUUUGAAGCCAAUUUUUGUACCAAUUUGUAUGACUUUUAAUUAGUAUUAAAUCUAAUACUAAAACGAGUCAUCUAAUCAGAUGACUCGUUUGGCAAUGAUCUAUUUCAAACGCGAUGUUUGGUUGUUAAAUAUUAUUGAAUGAAAAGUUUUGUGUUAUGCUUUCAGGUCUUGUCAAUACAAUACUCAAUAGUUGAAAAGAAGAAAAAGAUUUUGUGAUGUAGGUAUAUUAUCUAUAUUAAUACAAUGUUUACAACGUAGGGUCGCUCGGGGCUUAACCCGGACAGAUUUAGUUUACGAGGAAAUCUAACGUAUUAAUCAGAUUUGAUAACAAUUUCAUGAUUGUGUUUUAUAUUUUUACAUUUUAAAUAUUGCUGUGGUUUCACAGAUUCAACCAAACAAAAAGUGUAAACAUUUUACUAUUUAUAUCAUAAACAGAUUUAUUUAAUUUAUAUCUACAUAUAGUUCCGCCUUGUUGUGACGACUUUGAAAACUUUAUUACGUAGUUCGUGCACCAGAAAGAGUGGCUGAAAGUGUUUGACAGCUCCAGCUGUGCUUAAGGACCAUCAUUUCUCAUAAAAUCAUUUAUUACACUAAAAGAAAGUUAAGCAUAUCAAAUUCAUAAUAUCAUAUUAUGAGUGUGGCUAUCAGCAACUCUAGAAUUACAUUUGAAAAUAUUUUAGAAGUAAGACAACUAUAGCAUUUAUAUAAAUUUUAUACGUGUCAAAUUAUAACAAAAUAUUUUUAAUUCAUUAAAAUUACUCUCUGUUAUAAAAGGCAAAAUUGGUACAAAGAUUUAAGUAGUACAUAGAGCGGUUAUUGGCAACUUGACAUACACUAUGCCUAUUUAUUCGAUGAUUGAGAAAAGUCUGUUCGCUGAGAGUUGAUAAAUAUUAAUUAUGUAAUAGAAUAGCAACUGGAUAAAUUAUUAGCUUUCGUGAGACAUUAUCAACUCGCUUUAAAGCGAUUAAACUUUGCAUAUACGUGGGUAACACUGAAAAUGUUUAGAACUGGCCAGUUAGAAACAUUUCUAAAGAAAACUUUUUUUGUAUUUCAAUUUUAGAACCAAAGUUCGAUAAUGUAGUAUUGUUUUUGUGAAUUGGCGGCAAAUCUAAAACUUGUUACACGUGAAAAUGAACCUAACACGAGAAAAUUUUCGAACAAUGAUUUAUUAUGAUUUUCGUUGUGGGCUAUCUCAACAUCAAAGCUAUGAUAGGCUGUGAUUAGCAUUUCUUAAUGAAGCCCUAUCUCGUGCCACAAUUUAUAAUUAGUUUAACGAGUUUGAUCGUGGACGUAGCAAUCUCAAUGAUGAUCUGCGUGAGGGACGUCCUUUAACAGCUACUACAGAAGAUAACAUCAGUGCUGUGCGACGCAUGAUAGAGGAAGAUCAGAUAGUGACCUAUCAGCAGAUACGGGCCGGUCAGCCAAGCCUAGACAUUGGUAUGAGUCAAGUUCAAAAAAUAUUACACUAACAUUUAGGCGUCAGGAAGCUUUGACCAGAAAUGCCUUCGCAUGGACUGGUGUCGCCAAAUGUUCGAUAAGUUCAACGGCGGUGACUCAAAUGCUGUAUUUGACAUCGUCACAGGUUUUGAAAGCUAUAUUGCUAUAUAAGGAUAUAUUGCUACGAACCUGAUACCAAAAGACAAUCAGCUCAGUUGGUGUUUCCUUUCGAGGAUCGGCCAACUAAGGUAUAGAAAGGAAGAAGUCAAGGAAAAAAGAUAAUUGCCUCAUUCUUUGGUAAUGAAUUAUGCGCAAACUAUGUAUAAUAUGUGCUAUCUCGCUGCUAAGUGUCAAAAGUCAAAACAUAGUUUAGGCACUUAGAACCAUGCCAGACUCUGCAUCACCAAUUUGCAUCAUUUACACAAAAUGCAAAUAUUCAAAAAUAAUGUAAUGAAUAUAGUAUGACCCCUUAAAAUUGAAAAAAAAAAAUUACAAAACUUGCGGAUAAUAAAAUGAAAAAAAAGUAACUCAACCCUUCUCGUCGACUUCCUAUUUCUCAGGCGGCCAUUUGCAUUACUUUCAUGCAUACAUUGCAUGACUUAAAUUACUUGGUAGUAAACAGCCUAGAAGGUGUCGUUGAGAUUAUCGUAAAAGUGACGCUUAAUUGUUUGUCGAAUUCGAAUAUUCGUCUCUGACGUUUACAACUAAGAGUAGGGCUAGACCGAUAAUAUCGAAAAAUGUUUCGUUCGUUCAAUCAUCGUUUCGACAUUGAAUACGAUGUAACUAAGAGUAGGAUUCGACACGACUAAUGCCACGAUAUAUCGAAUAGGCCCCCUGGCGCCCUGCUAUUUUUAUUUAUUCCCAAGAACUAAAUAUAAAAUUCUAGGUAUUCGCUUUACGAGCCCUGAAGAUGCGGUGAAAGCGUAUGAAAAUGCCAUAGAAGAGAAGACCCCUAAGGAAGAAUGGGCCCACUGGUUUUCUCAGUGGUUCCAUCGAAUGCGACGAUGUGUAAAGAGAAACGGAGAUUACUUCGAAAAACAAUAAAAGUAUUGGCAACUUUCUACAUUAAGCCGUUUUUAAUUUUCUAAACAUUUUUAGUGUUACCUAGGUAAACCUAACGGCUUACGAUAACGUAACAUAUACCGACUUGUUCUGAAUUAAAGAAUAUAUUUAGGUACUCUUACAAGUUCUGAAUGCAGUACAAGACUAGGCGUGACCGCGAACUUAUCUUACCCUGAUGAAGGACCUUGGAUUGUUCUGAUACUAGUUGGUACCUCACCGAUCGGUGGUGAUUUUAACCGUUUGAAAAAUUAUAUAUAAAUAACUAAAUGAUUAAUUAGAUUCUCGCUAAACUGGCUAAACUAAGUCUUUAUUGAAAUUAGAAUACUGAUGAGCUCACUAACAUACUUCAGUUUUGUAGCGGAUAAAAUAGUAUUUAUCUAUACCUAUUAUAUUAUAUUAUAUUUAUCAAUUCUUGUGAACAGAGUUUUAUAGUAAGAUAUUUAAUUAACUAUUUUACAAGUGCAUAAUAUAUAUGUAAGUAGAUACGAGUCUACGUAUUACCAUAAAGUGAAACAAACAUAAUAUGAAACAAAAGUAUUUUACAUAGUUUCUACUUAUUUGUAUUAAAGAUUAUUGCAAUAAAGGAAUUUUACUAUGAAAUAGCGCUAACGAUAUUGUUACAAAUUCAGAUUUUUUAUUUUUACUUCUAAGCGAAGAAUCUCGAACAAACAUCAAAAGAGCUGCUCCUGCCAAGUGGUCUUAGGGUGGUAGACUCAUACAGGUCUUUCGCAAAUCAAGGAUGAAGUAUCAAAUGUAUUUGCAAUGCGCGUACACCCGAAAGGGACAACAAAUAAUUAUAGCUCAAACAAAUUAAAAGAAAUUGUACAUCGUGGACAAGCUUGGCCUUUGUGCCUGAAAUGAUAAUUUGAAAUUACUACUGAUUUUGCGAAAUAUACGGACUACCUGACCGACUAACGUAUUCACAAAUUAUUUAUGUUGUCAAUUUUUUAUCACUACUGAAUAUUCAAUACUGAAUUACUUACCAGUUAACUUCACCACAUAAAUUAAAAUGAUAACUGACAAAUUGGUUGCAAGUGAAGGUUGUCAUCUUUUAAUAUAUUAUUUUCUUGUCACAUCCAGGUAUACACUUCAUUCUAUUUCUAAAAAUAUUGUUUAGCGAUUUACAUAAUAUAUUUAUAAUAUCGUUUUAAUUCAUAUUUUUUUCAAUUAAGAAUGAUUACAAUGUUAGCUUUUCAAUCCUUAUUUGGCAACUUAUUUUAAGUAGGUACCUAGCAUUAGAACUAGUCUUAAUGUGAAUACCCACCAGUUUAGUAUUGUAAAGCUUGUUAAAAUGAUACCAGUCAUUAUGAAAAUAAUAUCUAAUGUAAGCAGUUGUUUAUUUAUUUUCAAUAAUUUUUAAUCACAUACUAAUACCCAAAAUAAUUAAGUAAUUAAAUCUUUCCUAUUAUCAUAUUGACGUUACAAUAACGUUAUUUAAUCGUGCAUAUAAUAUAAGUAUAUCUACGUGUAAAAAGUAGUGAGGAAAUGUAUUUCUAACUUGUUUAGAUAUUAUUUGUAUUUUUGUUUGGCUAGAAAGCUAAUCUAACUAACAUAUGAAAUAUUUAUAAAAACUGUCAAAAUACUUAAAAUAGUUUGCUGUAUUUAAUUUGCAUUUUUUUUGGCAUAUUUAAAUAUUUUUACAUGUAACAACAAGUUAUACCCAUUAUUUCGGAGAAAUUGCGAUUCCCAUACUCUGGUGCAUUGUGGUCCUCGGCUUUCCCUCUUAGCUCCUCACUGCACCCUUGUAGGAAUAUCAAAGAUUGUACCCUUUGAUUGAUUGGUGAACAAUAUAAGUUCUAUUUCGCACUAUCGAAUAUAAAAAAAGAUAUCUGCGUAUUUACACUAUAAAUUAAAAUUACAUUUUCUUCUAGUUAUUCUCGAUAAGACGAUCUAUUUGAUUACAUUUCGUAAGAUUAAGGUUGAGAUCUAUUAUCGAGCGAACUAACACUUUGCUCAGACUUUACUUAUGUAAAAUUUUGCUGAUUCUGAUAAAACGAGAACUUGACUUUUGUAUUAGGCUCAGUUUAAUUCGGCUGUCAAAUGACUAUAAAAAGGAAAUAAAAGAUUAUGCUAAUCUUUUUUUUUAAUGAAAAUAAGGGACGAGACUAGCAGGACGUCGAGUUGAUGGUAAUUGAUACACCCUGCCCACUACAAUGCAGUACCGCUCAGGAUUAUUGAAAAACCCAAAAAUUCUGAGCUCUCGUCGCCUUGAGACAUGAUGCUAAGUCUCAUUUGCUUAGUGAUUUCACUAGCGGCGCCCUUCAUACCGAAACACAGUAAUGUUUAUACAUUACUACUUCACGGAAGAAAUAGGUGCCGUUGUGGCACCCAUAAUCCAGCCGACAUCCUGUGCAAAGGAGCCUCCCACUGGUUACACUUAACUAUGUUUUAUGUGAGUAAAGUGUGAGCAAAGUCUAACGCUCUAUAGACCUCAGCCUAAGAGUCAACAGGACGAAAUAUUAAUAGAUAUUAAUUACAAUGUUAUACUUAUUAAAUACAUUAAUAAAAUUAACUCUGAAAUAAAAACAUUAUGUGAUUAUGUUGUUUGUUGU